GUAAAACUAAGCACUCUCCAGUCUCCAGCUGCCGAUUGCUUCAGAUAAGAAAACAGAGACCAUUGUGUUUAACUCUUAGUUGCUAGAGGGAAAUGGAGGGUGGUCUGAAAGGUGAUGGUACAGAAGAGCUUAAGGGUCUUCGAAUCACCUCACUGGAUGAUGAGAGUGAUGAAGAAGAGGAACAGCUGAAAGAACAGGAAAUUGUUGUGGAUAACGAUGAUGAGGAAGAGGAAGAAGAUGAAGAAGCAAGAGACUCUAUGGUUUUAGGUUUUGUGAAAAGGCCCAAGAAAGCCAGCUCUCUUCUACGCCAUUUCUUCCCUUCCAAGGCUGGAGGAGUUCCUGCUUGGUUGGAUCCAGAAAAUUUGCCAUCCGGAAGAUCUUGUCUUUGCGACCUAUGUGGUGAACCUUUACAAUUUAUGCUUCAGGUGUAUGCACCAGAGGAGAAGCCAUCCACAUUUCAUCGAACAUUGUUUGUUUUUAUGUGUACGUCAAUGGCGUGUCUUCGUCGAGAUCAACAUGAGCAAUGGAAAAGCCAUCGGGAAAAUCCUUCUAGAAGUGUGAAGGUUUUCCGCUGCCAAUUACCUCGUGAUAAUCCUUUCUACCCAAGUGAGCCCCCAAAGAAGGAUACUGAGCCACCGGAGGCUAGAGCUGCGCUCUGCAAUUGGUGUGGUACCUGGAAAGGGAUUAAACGCUGUACUGGUUGCAGACAAACACUAUAUUGCUCAGAGAAACAUUGGGUCGAGCAUUCCCGCUCCGGUCAUGAAUCUGACUGUCAGCGUAUGAGGAUAAGUUCUCAGUUGGUUGAAGGUAGCUCUGCCACCGCUGUAUACCCUCCUGCUGUACUUCAGAAAGUUGCAAGCAAAGCUCUAUGGCCUGAAUACAAAAUCAUACAGGAGUUUGAAAGUGAUUAUGACACACAGAUGCCUGAUAAUAAUGUGAAUGCUAAUUCUAUGGUCUCUAGGAACCAGAUGGAUGAUGGAUUGAUGUCGAUAGCGGACAGUUUUGAGGGCGAUGGUGACAAAAAGAGCUGGGCUUCAUUUCAAGAGCGAAUAGGCCUGGCCCCUGAACAAGUAUUAAGAUACUGUAGGAGUUCUGGUGCAAAACCCCUAUGGCCCCUGACUAGUGGCCGACCAUCAAAGGCUGACAUUCCUAAAUGCCAUUAUUGUGAUGGUCCAUUGUGUUUUGAAUUUCAGAUUUUGCCUCAGUUGCUAUAUUACUUUCAUGUGAAGAAUGACGCAGACUCUCUUGAUUGGGCUACAAUUGUUGUGUAUACAUGUGAAGCCUCUUGUGAUGCCAGUGUGGUUUACAAAGAAGAAUUUGCUUGGGUCCAAAUUUCUUAGCCCAGAAGAUGUUUUAGUACUCGGAUAUGAGAUAUAGAUAUCAACAUUUUGCUACUUUUUGUUCAUUUGUGUUAUCCUUGAAUGACGAGUGUCAUACCUUUUGUUUUGAUCCCAGUGAUGAGAUGCUGAUGGGUGUCCAUAGUGCUUAUAAAGCC